CCCUGGGCAGAUAGAUCGCCUAAUACAGGCACUGGGGCCCAAGCACUGGGACUGGCCUAAAACAGAGCUGUGUUUUUGACCCACCAGGUGGGCCUUGGCGUCCUGUCAAACUGUCAUCACUCCCAGGAGUUAAAAAUAACAGCGUAGAAACAGUGCUGGGCAGUCUGCCGGACUCAGGGUGCCAGAGGAAGCGACCAUGCAGGUGCUCACCACGCGCUACCCCAAGAACUGCCUGCUGACGGUCAUGGACCGGUACUCGGCCGUGGUGCAGAACAUGGAGCAGGUGGUGAUGUUCCCCAGCCUUCUGCGGGACAUGCAGCCAAGUGCACACGGGUGUGAGGCCCAGGCUGGAGCCCCCAGUCUCUACAACUACUUCACCAUGCUCAAGGCCAUCCGCGUGGAUGUGGAACAUGGGCUGCUGCCCCGGAAGGAGGGGCAGUUCAAGAUGGCAGGUGGUGGAGCCAAUGAGGCUGAGCAUGAAGCUGCAGAGACAGAAGAGGACGAGGAGGUCUUGGGGCAGCUGGACCUAGAAGCCCAGUUCCACCUGCACUUCUCCAGCCUUCAUCACAUCCUCACCCACCUUACCUUGAAAGCCGAGGAGGUGACGAGGACAUACCAGGAGAUAACGGGACAGGCCAUUUAAGCCUCGGACUCUAGGGAAGAUCCCUUUACACGAGAGAAGGCAGACUCUGUGAUGAGGACUCGGAGCAGUUCGCUAGCCCUGGCGAUGAGACCAGAAAGGCUAGACCUGCACUGGAAGUGAGGCGACGUGGUUUUCUGGGAUGCUUCACUACUUCCCUUUGGGCACCAAUUCGUGACUCGUCGCUGGGUCACCUUUAGGAUGCUUGCUGCUCUUUACAACUCUCCCUCUCUCCUCUUACCAGCCUGGGAUAGUGGUCCGUGGAUCAUGAGGGGCCAGAUGAUAUCUAGACAGUGUGGCAUGGUAGGAACAUAGAUAGGUUUUAGCAUUUGACCAAUUCUUAGCAAUUCACUGUGUGAUCUUUGGCAAGUUAUUUAAUCCAUUGGAACCUAAAUUUCACCAUCUAUAAAAUGGGGAUAGUAUUGCCAACCUCCCAAGGUUGGUCUAGAAAUUAAACAAAAUAGAAUCAAAAGCACCUGGCAUAUAAGUACUGUUAUUUAUACGCUCAUUCCCCCACCCCCACCCACCUGUAUUUCUGUAUUUGCUCUAGCCUUUGUUUUUUACACUCCAGAACCAAGAGGUAGCAGAGUCCCUUGGAUUGAGUGGUUCACUCUUGUUCCUGCCAAGCACAGGUGAACUAUAAGCCUAUUUAGUACAGAAACCAUCCAUAUAUAUAAAAGCCUCAGUGACCGUUAUGGCUGGUCGCUAUGAUGCACACUGACUGGUCAGUGUGCUCCCACAGUGGGAGCAUUGCUCAGCCAGAAGCCGGGCUCAUGGCUGGAGAGUGCAGCUGUGAUGGUGGGAGCCUCUCCCACCUCUGCGACAGCACUACCGAGCAGUGGCGGCAGGUGCAGCGGGGCUGGGAUGAGCGGGAACAGCGCAGCACCUGGCUCCAGCUCGGGCUCCUCCCUGGCCACCUGCUGCUUCGCACACUGCUACAUCCCUCAGGGAUGUUGGACCUAAACCGGCAGUCCAACAUCCCCCGAGGGGUCCCGGAUUGUGAGAGGGUGCAGGCCAAGCUGAGGGACCCCACCGGUGCUCAAAUUUUGUGCACCAGGCCUGUAGUUAAAAAAUAAUACCUUGUAUUUGUACAUUAUUAACUCUAAAGUACUUCCUUAGUCAUGAUUUUAUAUUCAACAAGUGGCACUUGAAAACAGAGAUGGAACUCAUCUGAUUUUGCCCAGAAACCAUGCUUAUAAUCACAUGCCACCUACUUUGAAGUCACAUGGAAAGAAACAAUUUUAUUAAUCGCCAAAAACUAAUCUAUAUUAUAAAAGUCCAGUGGCUGGAACGCUGGAACGACCAAACAACCAGUCACGAGGAGGUGCAUGGAGCACCUCUCGAUCCCUCUCCCCGGCCUGUGAGCUGCUUGUGGUGGUGGCGCGGGGCUCGCGGCUCACAUGGAGUGGUGGGAUCACGCACAGCGGGUCUGGGGUCCCUCUGGCACAGCAGGUCUGGGUCUCGCACGAUUUUGCGCGCUAGGUCUCUAGUCUGAUCAUAAAAUCUGAGCCUGGAAACAAAAACUUUCUGGACAAGCACUUGGAUUUGAUGAGCAAUAAAAAGCUCAGCCCUUGCUGGUUUUGCUCAGUGGAUAGAGCAUCAGCCCGCAGAAUAAAGGGUCCUGGGUUCGAUUCCAGUCAAGGGCACACGCCCAGGUUGCAGGCUUGAUCCCAGGAGGCAGCCAAUCAAUGCUUCUCUCAUAUUACUGAUGUUUCUCUCUCUCCCUUCCUCUCUAAAAUUAAUCAAUCAAUAAAAAUUAUAUAUAAAAAAAGAGUAAG